GCUGGCGACUGGGGUGUCUCCUGGGCCCCAGCAGGGCGUGCGGAGCAGUGAGAGCGAGCUUUUCUGGUCGCGGAACCCGGACUCUGAGUGGAAACCGAAGACGCGCGUGGGAGGAGCGCCUGGAAGAUGAAGAGGCAGGGGUCCUUCUCGGAGCGGAAACUGGCGGGGACACCGUCUGGGAAUGCCGGAACAGCAAAUGGAUUUCUCAUGGAAGUGUGUGUUGAUUCAGUGGAGUCAGCUAUAAAUGCAGAAAGAGGAGGUGCCGGUCGGAUUGAAUUAUGUUCAGGUUUAUUGGAAGGAGGGACCACACCCAGCAUGGGUGUCCUUCAAGUAGUGAAGCAGUGUGUCCAGAUCCCCGUUUUUGUGAUGAUUCGGCCACGCGGAGGUGAUUUUUUAUAUUCAGAUCGAGAAGUUGAGGUGAUGAAAGCUGACAUUCGUCUUGCCAAGCUUUAUGGUGCUGAUGGUUUGGUAUUUGGGGCACUGACUGAAGAUGGACACAUUGACAAAGAACUGUGCACAUCCCUUGUGGCUAUGUGCCGUCCUCUGCCAGUCACUUUCCACCGAGCCUUUGACAUGGUUCAUGAUCCAGUGGCAGCUCUAGAGACUCUCUUAACCCUGGGAUUUGAACGAGUGUUGACCAGUGGAUGUGACAGUUCGGCUCUGGAAGGGCUGCCUCUGAUAAAACGGCUCAUAGAUCAGGCUAAAGGCAGGAUUGUGGUAAUGCCAGGAGGCGGUAUAACAGACAGAAAUCUACAAAGAAUCCUUGAGGGUUCAGGUGCUACAGAAUUCCACUGUUCUGCUCGGUCUGCUCGAGAUUCAGGAAUGAAGUUUCGAAAUUCCUCUGUUGCCAUGGGAGCCUCUCUUUCUAGCUCAGAAUAUUCUCUAAAGGUAACAGAUGUGACUCUAGUAAGGACUUUGAAUGCUAUAGCUAAGAAUAUUCUGGUUUAGCCGGCCCUCCUGAGAGACCUGGAUAUCACGGGAUGAAGACAGAAUAGUUUACAGUUCUCUGUGACACAGCUUUAGCCUCUUCUCUGCCCAGGACAGCCACGGUCUUUAAGUUUCACAUGGCUGUGGAGAAUGUUUCCAAGAAGAAAACUUGAAACAGAGCUACAAUCAUUACCUUUGCUUAAUCUUGCCACCCAUCUUCAUUGCCAUGGCCACUCUGGUCUGUGCUGCUUCUGUAGACAGAGGCUUAGUCUGUUUUCGUUGGAUUUAAGUGAUGAACUGAGAAAAUUCAACUGCAAGGUAUGAAUUUAGAAUGUGACGUCAGGGUCAAUUUCAUAGCAAUAUUUUGCUUUUUUUUUUUGUAAAAUAAAAAUGUCCAUGCUAUUAACAGCAGUCUGUUAUUUUUUACCAUGAAUACAGUCGAGCCAAGUAUGAAAGGGAAGAUUUUUGUUUUGAUUUUUCCUCCAUUUUCUCUUUAUUAUGUAUUCACUGGAUAUGGUGCCCUAGGCAAGAUGCUAAGGAUACAGAGUAAAAUGGUACAUCAUAAAAAUUCCCAGACUUCGGAAGCAGCAUAUAAAAGUUCCCUGACUUGAAAAAGGCAGAAGUGAUCUCUUGUGGUACCUCUGCCUCUGUUUCCAGAUGGAGGAGUGGCUUAAACCAUAACAUUCAUCUGACAGCUGACAAGGACCUGUAGCCUUUCAGCUGAGGCUACCGAUUGGGAGAGUGUAGUCUAAUGACGAGCAGGCCCCAAAUGGUGAAGUUCAUUACUAGCUUUUUUGAAGUUCAUUACUAGCUUUUUGAAAUUUAUACUAACUACACACUAAUAAUAGAACCGUUGUUUCUAUAUUAGGGGAGUAACUGAAGCUUAAUAUAAAGAGCCUGCCUUUGGUUAGGAAGCUAGUUAAUGGAGCCUCUCUGAAUUCAUGGGUACUCAUGAAUGUGUACACUAAGAGCCUUGCCUUCAUUUAAAUGUGUCCCUUCCCUCACCUUUAAAUCUUAGUGCCUUCCCUCACUUUUUCAGGUACAAUUUCAGGGUAGAGUAUUUGUAAGUAAUUUAUGAAAAAUGAGAGGCAAACUAUUUAAAAAUCAACAAUAACUUAAGGGUUUUUUUUCUUGCUUAUUCAGACUACUACGGAAGAUAAUAAAUAUUUCAAAACUAGUCUUCAUGAUUGGCUUUGGAAUAUAGAGGCAGAGGUGUAAGUAUCGUAUACACAUGUACUCAAGUUUAGUAUUUUGGCCUAACCCUCUUCUAUACUUGGACUUCACUGCAUUCUAAAGGAAAGAGCAGACCAUCUCUAUCUCACUAUCAUCUCUCUUUUACUAAAUACUGGGCUACUAACCUCCAGUCUUCUGCUUUGAGGUGCUUCUAGAGCAUUGAUGGGGCACAGAGAGCCACACUCCUGGGCCAGUCAGACACACCUGUGCCAAUCUGGCUCCAAGGUGUGAGCAUGAGAAAGUUACCUUAAUUUCUUGAACUUUGAUUUUUUUAUUUAUAAAUCAGGAAUAAUAACUAAACCAUGGUUUCUGGUUAAAUGAUAUAGUAAAGCACCAAGUACAUAGUAAGCCCCAAUUAAAUGUUAGUUCUUUUCUUCUAGGUUAACUUUCUAGUAUCAGUCUUUGAUAGUUUAAAAGCCCUUCCCAGGAAGCCAGGUGUUGAGUAUUGAAACCAAUACUUUGUGCCUUCAACUGUAUAAAUUUAAAAGCAACAUAAGGUCAUCUCUACCUUGAUUUUAUUUUUCUACACCUUUAGUCCUGUUUAAAAAUAUUUACUGAUUAUUUCAUGUAUAUAAGUUUCUUCUCAAGGGUAUUGUAAGUAUUUUGAGGCUAGAGGACAAUGUCUUCUUAUUUUUAUAUGUGUCUCAUUACCCAUCAAAUUUUAUCCUCACAUUGAUUACAUUGCCAGUGGGAAAAGAGCACUGCCUUUGGUAAUCGAUGCUGAAUAUCUUCUGUUUGUCCCUCCAGAUCCACUCUUCACUUUGCUCUGUAAACUGAGUCCAGCAACAUUAAAGAAAUUAUACGCUGCGACCAGGUAGGAUUUACACUGUACCAGUAAUGCAAAGCUGGUUUAAUAUCAAAUAAUCAGUGUAACACACUAUAUUAAUAAAGUACAAAAAUCACGUGAUCAUCUCAACACAGAAAAAGCAUUUGGCAGAAUCCAAUACCCUUUCAUAAUAAAAACACUCAACAAACUUGGAAUAGAAAGGAACUUCCUCAAUCUCAUCAAGAGCAUCUAUCAAAACAAACCAAAACAAACCCUACACAGCUAACAUACUUAAUACUUUCUCUCUAAUAUGAGACACAAGACAAGAUAUCCACUCUCACCACUUGGACUCAACAUUGUAUUGGAGGUUCUAGCCAAAGGUGUUAGGAAAGAAAAAGCCAUAAAAAGCACACAGAUUGGAAUGGCUGGGGUGGGGGAGUGGUGGUGGGGGGAAAUGGAGACACCUGUACUUGAACAACAAUAAAAAGAAUUGGGGAAAAAAGCACACAUUGGAAAGAAAGGUAAAAUGCACCAUUUGCAGGUGAUAUGACCUUAUACAUAGAAAAUCCUAAGGAAUAGAUACACACAAAAAAAUGAUUAAAUGAGUUGAGCAAGUUUGCAGAUUAUAAAAUGAAUAUACAAAAUUGAUUAUAUUAUUAUACACUAGCAAUUAGCAACCCUAAAAUGCAAUUAAAACUAUUCCAUUUAUAGUAGCAUCAAAAGGAUAAAAUACUUAGGAGUAAAUUUAACCAAAGAAGUGUAAGGCAGUACAUUGAAGACUAUAAAGCAUUGUUGAAAGAAGUUUUUAAAGACAUUAACAAUAAGUAGACACUCCAUGUUUGUAGAUUGAAAGAGUAUUGUUCAGAUAGCAGUUCUCUCCAACCGAUGUACAGAAUCAGUACAAUCCCUAUCAAAAUCCCAAGUACCUUUUUAAACAGAAAUGGACAAGCCGAUCUAAAAUAAUCUGGAAAUUCAAGGGACCCAGAAUAGCCAAACAAUCUGGAAAAAACAAAGUUGAAGGACUCACACUUUGGGAUUUCAAAACUGACCACAAAACUACAGUAAUUAGGAAAAUGUAGUGGCAUAAAGAUGAAUGUGUAGCUCAAUGCAACAGAAUUGAGAAUCCAAAAAAAAUUCUUACAUAAUGUCAAUCAAUUAGUAUAUCAAUUGAUUGCUAACAAGAAUGCUAAGACAAUCCAUGGGGCAAGAAUGGUAUUUUUAACAAGCAAUUCUGGGAAAACUGGACAUCCACAUACAAGAGAAUGAAGUUGGAGCUUAACAUCAUGUACAAAAAUUAACUCAAAUGGAUGAUAGACCUAAAAAAGAGCUAAAACAGAAUUCAGAAGAAAACAGGCAUAAAACAUGUGACCUUGGGUUAGAUAAAGCCUUAGAUAUGACAUGGAUGGACAAGUGAAAAAAAAAUUGGACUUUAUCAAAAUUGAAAAGCUGUGCUCCAAAGGAUAACAUCAAGAAAGUGAAACUACAACCCAGGAAAUUGGAGAAAAUAUUUGCAAGUCACAUAUUUGAGAGGGGGCUUGUAUAUGUGGAGAUUACUUGCAACUCAACAAGAAAAAGACAAUCCAAUUGCAAAGGAUUUAAAUAGAUGUUUCUCAAAAAAAGGUAUAAAUUGGGCCAUGAAAAGACGCUCGAUGUUAGUUAUUAGGAAAUGCAAGUCGGUGAGAUACCACUUUGUACCCACAAGGAUGAGACUACAACCUAAAAGACUGACCAUACCAAGGAUGUGGAGCAACUAAAAUCUUCAUAUACUGCCAGUGAGAAUGUAAAUGGUGGAACUGCUUUGUAAAAUGGUCCGGGAGCUUCUGAAAACGUUAAACAGUUGUCAUAUGACCCAGCAAUUCCACUUGUAUGUAUAUACCCAAGGGAAUUGAAAAUGUGCUCACAUAAAAACUUGUACAUGAAUGUUCAUGGUAACAUUAUCCAUCUUUUAGAGUUAGAGAAUAACCAUGUUGCACUCUAAUGGUAAAACUAUUAGGUAAAAGGUAGGAGCUGAAUAUCCACAUGGAUUGCCCUCUAGUCUCUAGUUUGCUAGUCAUAAAAGUAGGAACUUAACCUCGUAAAGGAACUAUCUUGUUAACACCUCCACCCAGUAACAUAUUACUAGCAGUGGAAGAUCAUGCUGCGGAAGGACAGGAUUUGAAAGGGGAAGAGGUCAUCUAGAGUAUGUAACCCAUGUUAGGAAAUUGCAGAUUGGAGGUCUGUUUUGAGAGCUGUUUUGCAUAGCAACAGUUUUGCAGCUAACCUCUCAAUGAUUAUUUAACAUAUCUAUAACCUUUAACUGGUUUCAUAGAUAUGUUAAAUAGCUGUGGCCAAGUUUUGAGCCAAGGAGAAGAGAGUGGCUUUGACCCAGGAUGUAACUAGGGGUUGUGCCCCUGAGGGAGAGUGCCUGCGUGAGAGCUUGGAAAAGAUUGGCUCCGGGACAUGAGGGAAGAACUGCCCAGGUGAAAGGGAAAACCACACAGCUUUGCCAGAAUGGAGAUCCCUGCAGCCAGGUGAAGAAGAAAGACAAGUGCUUUUGGUGGAGUGUGAACCCCUGCAGCUUUGGUAGAAGAGGCCCACGCGGCUUUGGGGUGCUUCCUUUGGCCGCAUGGCCUGGAAAGCAGGAGAGACUUUGGCUUGGAACUGGGUACAAAGAACUCUUGCCAGUGGACCAUGAGAGGGUACCACAGUACUUUGGAUUAACUAGAGAGAGAUCCUGCCUGCAUGGUGACACAGCUGACGGUGCCAGCGGCCUCAAACACAAACGUGUGCUCUUUUCCUGAUUUACGGUACCAGAGUUGGGACAGUGGGAGAAGCGGGAGCUGUGUGGGUAUAGGUGUAUACCCUAAAGGACUUUGCUAUUUUUAGUGGUGGCAUUAAGCCUAAAAGCAUUAAAUAAACAUUUUGUUUCCUUUUCACGAAUCUCUGGCAUUGAGAGAUGUCUUUCCAAUUGGCGGCGGACAGAAGAGCCCAGUAGAUUUUAGUAUUCCAUCCUUGGGAGGGGCCCCUGUUCUUUAGCAGUUUUUGGCAUCCCUAGGUGGGCCAAAUAUUGCCCCCUCCCUCAGACCUCUUGUUCGGUAACAAUAAUUAUUAUUUAUAUUGCCCCCCACCAUGUUAUUUUGUCAGAUGUAUUUCCUGUGUGUUUGUUUUCAUAAGAAUAUUUUAAAAUUCUUAUGAAAAAAGAAUUUAUAAGUUUCAUGAAAUUCUCUUGAAAAGUAAAGAAAAUUUAAGAAGACAUUUUUCUGUUUUCUGAU